UUGAACAAAUAUAUACAACCUGGACAGUCAAUAACAUUCUCUUAUCUAUUACAUAAAGGAAAAUAUGAACCACCAUUCCUCUUCCUUGAGAAAUCUUUAAUCCCAGAAGAAACUGAUGCUACUGAAGUAAUUCAAAUCAAGGGCAAGUUCUCAUUCCUUGUUGAUGGUUGUGAUGCAGAAGCUGGCUGGAAACUUCGUACUUCCAAUGAUAAAAUUAUCAAUAUGAUCACACUUGGCAAAUUCAAAGCUUCAGAAUCAAUGAAGAGUAAGGACUUCGAUGUAUCCAUCACACCACCAACAGGACUUGGAAAGUACACAUUAUAUGUUUAUACAUAUACUAUGAUCUUGAAUCAUUGCUUUAUGAAGAAUUCCAUUUACAGUUGUUCCUCCAAAUACAGACCAAAGUUUAUGUUCUUCCUCUGA